CAAAGACGUUACAACUCUUCAACUGGUUCAUAAUCUUGAUGGGGUACACACUCUUGCGGUCAGACGAAGCCGUCUUCUCUUUUGUCAUGGAAAUCCUGUUGACUACCCUCUUCAUCUGUGGGACAAACCUUGAUUUGUCAUUUGGGUGUGCUUGGUGACAUGUCGCCAGCCAGUGAGCUCAGGCCGCCAGAAAUAGCUAACACUGUCGUUUCGUGGCUGAAGAUGCUCGUAGCGUGCUCGGAAGUUAUAACGACAGGUGUUUCACAACGAAAGGAGUGUUGCAUUCUUCAAGGGGAAAAGUAGUACUUUUUGUCUCCUAAACGGGAUGGAGUAAAAUCUCGGCAAGGAGGCAUGAACCUGUCCUCCCACUACAAGGAAAUCUCAAUAAUUCAGUAGGUGGUUUAUUGAUCUCACUGUUGCCUUGUCAUGUCUAGGUCGAAUUCCAAGGCUUGUCCUAAAUUCAGGUCAAAUCAGAACUUGAUGGACGAUCUGGGAGUGUUUGAGGAGAUUUGUACCUGCAAUUGGCGCCCGGGGCUCGUCCACCGAGCCGGCCAGAUCGCAACACCGGAGUUUUGUACCUCGACCCACCAAGCAUGGAGUACGCCGCUAGCGGGCUGGUUCAACUCUCUUCCCUUGGGUAUCCUGCGGCCGAGCCCGCCUGUGAGCAUCGACCGUGGAGGUCGCAGUUCAACCCCCAGGAAACCGGCAACCAACAACAGCAAACUGGCGCGGUCCGGUCAGACCCCGACGAAACCCUCCACCAAAUCAGCCGGAAAUCAGCGAGCAGAGAGAAACGAGGCUCCGUUCAAACAUCGACAAGAAACGAGCGAGUACAUCAAAGAGUAUCGGGAGAAAAAUGUACUUCGCCUGGUUGGAUCGGACGGAAGCCGCAUCAACGACGGGAACUUGGCGUUCGGGAAAACCCUCCCCGAUCCAUAUGCCUUCAAAUCAGAGGAGUUUAGGAAGAUGUACAGUCGGCUACGCGAAUACCUGAUGAAGCGCCCCAAACGCCAACACGCUGCUGGGGUGCCCUUGGCAGAACAACACAGGUUUGCAAGCCCACCGAGUGAAAACACUGCCGAAAAGGAACAACCCACGUCCCAGUUCUCAAUUUCUGAUGAAGUCCGAACGAACUUCUCAGAUAUCUUCAGCCCUACGUUCCAACGACCGAAGGUGGAUAUGUUUUUCCGGCCCUACAUCUGUGGGAGUGGCAGCAUCCAAACGCCGGCCAAAUUGCGGUACUCUCACAGCGCCGAUCGGACCGGGUCGCUCCCCAGCAUCCACCGUGAACCCGACGCAGUCCAGUUUCCCAUGCCCGCUUACGUGGUCACGGAAUCUGGGAACUUCUACCAAGAGGACAAGAUUGGUUCCUCGUCCAAGCUGGGCGUAGCAACCCCGAUGGACCUUCGCUUGCUGGAGCCCAAGUCAGCCAGCGGCAGUCGGCAGAAAAGUAAUCGGGGAAAAACCAAACCGAAUAUCAUGAGUGCCGAGUUCGACACAGCCAUGAUUCAGUUUUUGCAGAAAGCCAAACAGAACUUGGAGAGAGUGCGAGAGGAACGGAUCAAGAAGGAAUCACUGGACAAGUGUCGCUUAAUGUCGAGACGGGGGAAGAAGAAUGACUUUGUAGUAACCUCUGGGAAGCAGAGGACGGUGAAAUCUAACACAACCGUAACGGACGUGAGGAGGAUCAAAUUGGGAGUGUCUCAGUCAUGAGAAUAGCCAGGUGACAAGGGGAAAAACUCACUGCAAUGUUGGUUGCCUACUUGCGUCUUAAACGUCUUCCAGUUUCGUCAGGCAGAGCCAUUUUCGCCAACAAAAUACCUGCAGAAAACUGAGUAUUCUUAUGACGACGACAGUUUUGAACAUGUGUAGUUUCCGUAGCUCUUCACACUUCUCUCAGUGAAGAUCGGGGCUGUAUUCGUCCAAUCAACCCGCAGCGGAAACUAUAUUAAAAUCGGACAUUAAUCGUCUGCGAUCAGUCCUCAGAUAUGCCAACGAGUGCUCUAUGGAUCAUAUUCAACUGGUGAUCAAAAUAAAAUAAGAUUACUGCAGUCAUCAAGGUGUAAUUUCUG